AAAAGAAUUUGUUGUUCGAUAGCAGCAAAGCUUUGUGAGACUUCUAUACAUAUGGCUGUUGAAAGCAAAAAAUGGAUAAUUUCGAAAAACUUAAGGAAAUGAAAACUCUUCACGAGUUUGAAACUUAUGCUUUAGAUGAAUCAUUGAGUGGGCAUGGGAAGCUCUAUUUUUCUGCAGGCGCUUGCUCCAAAUCAACUCCAAGAUAUAAUGAGGAUGCAUUCCAUAAAUAUAGAAUUCGACCACGUGUACUACGGGAUGUUUCAGAACCCAAAAUAGAUUGUAAGGUGUUAAACUCUUCAGUUUCAUGCCCCAUAGGAAUUUCUCCAGUUGGUUUGCAAGUUCUAGCCCACCAAGACGCGGAAUCAGCUACAGCUAAAGGUUGCUGUAAAGAAAAAUGUGUUUUCAUCCUCAGUAGUUCAGCUUCCCAAUCUAUUGAAGAAGUGGCAAACGAAGCACAAUCUUUGGAGGGAAUUCAUCCUGUGCUUUGGAUGCAGACCUAUAUUCACAAAGACCGUUCCAUUACGCUGGACAUAAUCAAGAAAGCAGAAUCAUCAGGAUUUUCAGCAAUAGUCGUCACCGUGGAUUCGCCUAACGGUGGAUUAUGGAGGAAAAUGCUGCCAGACGACUUUUUCAAAAGAGUACCAUCUUUGUUAGCAAUUCUACAUUCAUUGCCAAGGAAUCUCGAAGAUCCGUCAGUCACUUUUGAAGAUUUGAAAUGGGUGAUAGAAAACUCCAAACUGCCGGUCAUAGCAAAAGGCAUUCUUUCAGGUGAGGAUGCCAGACGAGUGGUGGAGUGUGGCAUAUCGGCUAUAAUCGUAUCAAAUCACGGAAGUCGUCUGUUAGAGAGAGUAGUGCCAACUAUCGAUGUUUUAAAAGAAGUUGUGGAUGCUGUCUCAGAGACCGGAACUGAAGUGUAUUUAGACGGUGGCGUUAGGAGCGGAAGUGACGUCUUCAUUUCUCUGGCUUUGGGAGCGAAAGCUGUAUUUAUCGGAAGGCCCGCAAUCUGGGGACUUUCUCUGGGCGGAGAAAAUGGUGUAAGAAAAAUUUUGCAAAUACUGAAAGAUGAAUUAUUUAUGACGAUGCAAGUCGCAGGUUUCUUGAAAUGAUAGCACCCAUUGCUGGAUGAAUUUCAAAAUCCAAUACACGCCAGGUGAUUCAUGGGAAAUUCUUGAAAUAUAUUCGCAUAGCGCCACCUAGGAAAAGCGACUUUCAAGACGUCGCGACGACAAUGGGCCGAUUAUUUUGAACCGACUGUUUUCACAAAGUCGCCGUUGGAGCUCGUCCCGAUGAAAAAGCGACCUUCAGAAGCGACAGAAAAAAAAAAAAGGUAUGGUCAGAAUUCGAUGUCGCAAUGACGACAUCGGAGAAAUACGAGAGAGUUUUACCUGACCAUUGCGAUCCUUGGCCAAUCAUUUGGCAAACACUCUUGCUUCUUGGGAUCUCUUUCGACAAAUCCGUAUUGCCCGGUUAAAUCAUUGGCAUUAAAUAAUAGUAGGGCUUUAUAUCUGGAUUUUGUCAAUAUUCAAAAGAAUUUGAAUGUGGAACUGAGAUUAUUCAUUAGGACAUGAUUACAUAUUCUAUAUAUUGCAAUAGGGAUGGAUAAU